AUGAAGAUCCUUUGUGUGGCGGAAAAACCGUCAAUUUCGAAGGCUGUCUCACAAGUUUUGAGCGGUGGUAACGUAAGGACACGAAAUUCGAAGAAUAAAUACAUUAAGAAUUAUGAUUUCAAAUUUGAUUUUCCAGGUUAUGGGUUGGUUGACGUUACAAUGACAGCCGUUAUGGGACAUAUAACAAACAUGGACUUUCCGAAUACGUUCAGCUGGGGUAAAUGUAAUCCUGGAAGACUUUUUGAGGCUCCAUUAAUAGAUGUAAUAUCCAACAAAGACGUGUACAACAAUAUAAGUAGUGAAGCGAGAUCAGCGACUAAAUUAAUGAUAUGGACCGAUUGUGAUAGAGAGGGAGAGUUCAUAGGGCAUGAGAUAUUUUUGGCUGCGUAUAAGGGGAACAGUUCCAUAAAAGUUGAAGAUAUAUGGCGGAGUCAGUUUUCACACUUGGAAAGAUCGCAUGUACUACAGGCCGCUAAAAACCCAAUUAAGCUUGAUAUGAAUUCAGUUUAUGCUGUGAGUUGUAGGAUGGAGAUCGACUUACGGGUGGGCGCUAGUUUCACCAGGUUUCUUACUGAAUUAUUCAGACGUUCGCAGGUCAUAAAAAUGGAAAAGGGUAGUUUUAUAUCGUAUGGAACCUGUCAGUUUCCAACGUUGGGUUUCAUUGUUGAUCGAUAUAAUAGAGUCAAAAGCUUUAUAGCCGAGGAUUUUUGGUAUAUAAGUGUUGAAGUAAAAAAGGAUAACCAAAAUGUGCAGUUUUCUUGGACAAAACACCAUUUAUUUGAUCGAUUCUAUGUUACAUUAUUAUAUCAGAAUUGUCUAGAGAACUCCGAAGGUAAAAUAUCAAAUCUUACCAAGAAACCCACAAAAAAUUGGAGACCAUUGCCAUUGACAACUGUACAAUUACAAAAGGACUGUUCUAGUUUCUUUAAGAUAAGUGCAAAACGGGCAUUGGAUGCCGCAGAAAAGCUAUACAAUAAGGGUUUUAUUUCUUACCCUAGAACUGAAACAGAUAAAUUUCCCCCUACAAUGGACUUAAGGAUUAUAAUAGAAAAACAAAGACAGGACAGUAGGUGGGGCACUUAUGCAUCGGCGUUGUUAGACCAAAAUUUCAGAACUCCACGAGGAGGUAACAACGAUGACAAAGCCCAUCCUCCAAUUCACCCAGUGAAUUAUGUAAAUAUUGACUCGUUAGAUAAACCAGACGAGAAGAAGGUAUACGAAUACGUUGUUAGAAGAUAUUUGGCAUGUUGUUCAGACGAUGCAAAGGGUGAGCAAACUUCAGCGACAUUGCAAUGGGGUAACGAAAUAUUUACUGCGAGUGGGUUAACUGUGCUUGAAAGGAACUACUUGGAUGUGUAUCCAUAUCGUAGCUGGGAAUCCACAAGGCAAUUGCCUUCAUUCACAGAAGGUGAAGCAAUUAAAAUCUCCUACAGUAAGAUGAAGGAAGGCAGAACUGGAGCUCCUCAACAUAUGACCGAACCAGAGUUAAUUGCUUUGAUGGAUGUGAAUGGUAUAGGCACGGAUGCGACCAUUGCAGAACAUAUAGAUAAAGUCCUUACCAGGGGUUACAUAGUUAAGAUACGACAACUGACGACAGAAUAUAUCAUUCCCUCAGAACUCGGUAUGGGACUUAUUGAGGGUUUCAAUCAGAUGGAAUUUGAAAACAUAUCUUUAUCCAAACCGUUCUUAAGAAAACGGCUAGAAAACUCUCUUCAGGAAAUAGUCGAUGGACGGCGAUCUAAACAAAAUGUUUUACUGGAAAUUGUUCAACUAUACAAACAGGCAUACGGUCUUAGUGUCCAAAACGGAAAUACCCUUGUACAGGCUUGUCAUCAUAUUAUCAAUGCUAAUAGCCAAAGUGACCAAAGUCGAUAG